AUGCGUCGCGGGCGUGGAUGGCGGAUGAAGGCGGACUCCAACACGCCUUCAAACGAGGAUUCACCAGCGACUCCGACAACUAACUCAUGCGGAGAGCAGUUUCCGAGCCGAAACGAGCAAGCUGCAAAGGGCAACGAGGCUGAGGUUUUGCCCAGGACGCCGACAAGCGGCACUCGCAGAAGGCGUCGAAACCGGAAAGCCGCAAAUGCACCGAAAAGUACUGGCGCACCGCCUCCAGACCCGGCAACUGGAAAGCUCCCUCCCGCAGCCAUGUGGCGUGGGCGUGGACGGCGGAUGAAGGCGACCUCCGACGAGCUUUCAAACGAAGGUUUGCCAGCGAAGCCUUUAAGUGGCCCAGGCCGAAGGCAUCGAAAUGCUGAGAAGAGGAACGAGAAUUUGCUGACGACGCCACGCGGAAAACAGCAUCUCGUAUGGAGGCCGAAAAUUGGCACAUGCGGAGAGCAGUUUCCGCUCCUGCAGCGUGUCCAACAGCUGGAGUCCAAGUGCCAAGAGAUGGAGUUGCGGCUGGCAGAGCUAUCUCGCACCGAGGGCCCCCGACAUGACCGGGCCGAUGCAGCUUGCCAGACGGACGGUGAGGGCUGCUCUGUCGCUUGGUCUUUGCCGAAGACCUCGACGGCUUCCUCGACAACUUCAACGACCAGUUGCCAAAGCCCAAUUGUUGGUGAUGGGGAUUCUGCUCACGAAGUAUUCAUGAUGCCAAACCUGCUGCCGUACCUGAGUGUGGAGGAUCUGCUGCACUGGCGCCGGCUGUCGCAGCGGACCAGAAGUCCCCAGGUGGCAAGUACUUUGUUCUCACGAGGCCGACAAAGCGCAAAAUGCAGCGCAAAGCAUUGCUCCGCGCCCAGUGAAGGUGUUUCGAGCAGCUCGUGCCGCGGUGGCGACGGCCUGGAAGUUGGAGGAGUCGGCGGUGCUGGCGGUGCCGGAAGGUGGAUCUGCAGUGACCGAUGCUACUGGACAUGCAGACAUGCAGCCACAUCCGCGAGCAUUGACGGCCGCGCAAAUGCUUCGAAGUGCAGACGCUUUGGUCGAUUCGUCGGCGCGAGGAGAACCCAAAAGGAGAUUCAGCUGGUGCGAGGCUGUAAAGCUUGUGCCUGA